AUGCUCUCUUCCGCCCCCAUGGCCAUGCGCGCCGCCGCCCGCCGAGCUGUUCGAUCGUCGCCGUCAAUCACCACUGCGCCGAACUCGAACCGCUGCGUCGUCGGUCUCAACUACUCCCGAUCCUUCUCGUCUGCCCGGUCUGCACGCCCAAUCGCCCAUCGAGCCGCGUCUGUCAUUGCUAACCAGCAGCGAAGAGGCUAUGCUGCCACCACAAACCCCAACCCGCCUCUUGGCAAGAAGAAUGCCUCGAACGACGUCCCGUCCCGCAUUGGUCUGAUUGGAGCCCGAGGAUACACUGGUCAAGCCUUGGUCGAGCUCCUCAACAACCACCCUUAUAUGGACCUUCGACAUGUGUCUUCACGAGAGCUUGCCGGCCAGGAGCUCCAGGGAUAUUCGAAGCGCAAGAUCACCUACGAGAACCUCGACGCUGAGGCGGUGCUACAAUUGGACAGCGAGGUAGACUGCUGGAUCAUGGCAUUGCCUAACGGUGUUUGCAAACCCUUUGUCGAUAUCCUCAACCAGGGCGAGAAGAAGAGUCUCAUUGUAGACUUAUCGGCAGACUAUCGUUUCGAUGAUUCUUGGACCUAUGGACUUCCCGAGCUUCAAAAAAGAUCCGACAUCUGCCAGAGCUCAAGAAUUUCAAACCCGGGAUGUUACAGUACAGGUAGCCAACUUGGUAUUGGGGCACUGCUUGAUCAUAUCGACAGGAGUAAAACGGUCAAUGUAUUUGGAGUGAGCGGUUAUUCAGGGGCUGGCACCAAACCCUCGCCCAAGAAUGAUGUCAAGCUGCUUCAUGACAAUCUGAUUGCUUACUCUCUUACUGGACACAUCCAUGAGAGAGAAGUGGCUCAUAGUCUUGGCCUUGGGCAAGGCGAAGUAGCGCUGAUGCCACAUGUCGCUUCUUGGUUCCGUGGCAUCCAUCUGACUAUUAGCAUCCCUCUUAAAGAGAAAAUGGAUUCUCGAACAAUCCGCCAAAUUUACCAAGACCGAUAUGCUGGCGAGAAGCUUGUCAAGGUUGUCGGCGAAGCUCCCCUGGUCAAAGACAUCGCUGGGAAACACCACGUUGAAAUAGGUGGGUUCGCAGUUGACAGCACCGGAAAGCGGGUCGUUGUCGCCGCGACGAUCGACAACCUCAGCAAAGGAGCCGCCACUCAGUGUUUGCAAAACAUGAACCUGGCGCUUGGGUAUGCGGAGUAUGAAGGCAUUCCCGUAGAGUAA